CGUGCUCUCUGGUCCUGUAUAUGUUGAUAGUCAAGAUCGCAUCCCGCGCCAGCUAGGCCCUAAAUCCCAUUUCCUGUGGUCGAUCACAUCCACUACCACUCGUCGCCGAAAUGUUCCCAACUUUCGAUGUCCCUCCCCAGCAUGCCGAAACGGUAGGAGCUCGCAAGCAUAGGAAGGCAAAGGAGGACGAGGCCACCAGACGCUCUUCGACUGCCACAUCACAGUCGUCAGGGAGCAACCGAAGCGUAAGGGCUGAGUCCAGUGCCUCCAGCAAGAAGGGUGGCUUUGGCUGGUUUGGCAAAAGUAAAGGUGUUCAAGAGAUACCCAAGGUUCCCACCUUGAAGACCCAAAUCUCAGAGCCAUUACCGCCGCCGCCUGCUCCAGCAGCUGCUCCACCGUCGCAAGAAACGCCGUCCCCUGUCGUCACCUCUCCUACCAGCGAGCUUGCUCCUCACGUCCGAGAGAGACGGCCAUCACAGCGUUCCAAUUCUGAUCUCCAAUAUCAACAUCAGCAACGCUUCCAUGUCCCACCGCCGUUGCAAUCGCUUCCACCUCCGCCCACAAGUGCUCUCCCACAGUUGCCAUCCCCCGGUCUGAGCUCACGAGGAAGGAUCGACACGGGGCGGCCCUUGUACGAUGCUGAUCGCGUCAAGUCAUCCUACUCCACACUCUCACAUAAUUCCUACAGCACAUCAACCACAUCGUCUACUCGCACUGGCUUUUCGAACCAGAGCAUCUUCUCGCAGCCUUCACGCCGACAUAAUGAUCUCCUGUCAGAGGACAGCAAUUAUGGUGACGACCACUCGCCUAUCUCCAAAACACCUUCUCCUGUAACCACUCCUCCUACUUUCGUCGAUAGCAGGCGACUGCCACCAUCCCGACAGACUAUCGAUUCUACGUAUGCAAGUAACAUCCAGAUGGAGCCUAUUGAGUCGCGCACUGGCAGCCGCAUGAGCGAUGGCCCGUCCAGGGCUGCCCAAGGACCCUUCACCCGUGCCCUAGGGAAGAUGGAGAGCGCCGGCGCCCGCAUUGUCUCUGCAAGGUUGAGCGAAGAGUGGGAAGGUUUGGAUGAUGAUGAUGAGAGUCUUCAGGAGGUCAUCUUUGAGAAACGCCUCUGGGCUCUGACAGCCUACCAGCGCUUGACACAGAACAAGCAGCUUCAGUCUCCUGCCCACGAUCUGCUCGCCAACAGCCGACCGGCUGAACAGAGGAGGAUUUUGCAGCUCUACGGCAACCUUGCUGACGGUUGGGUGUUGGCCACACGUUAUCCUGCUGCGACUGUCUACACGCUUUCUUCAGCGAACACCUCGAACCUCCCGACAUCACACCCUGCACCGUUGAACCAUCACUCAUUGUUCUCCCCUUCAAUCUCAUCAGCGAUGCCAUUCCCUGACAACUACUUCGACGUAGUUGUUUCACGCUUUGUCUCUACGUCACUACGCAACGAUGAAUGGGCACGCUCUUUCUUCGACUGCAUGCGUGUGCUCAAGCCUGGAGGCUCCAUCGAGAUUCUCUCUGUCGAUGCUCACAUGAAUGGUGAAGGACCUCAGCUUCAGAGUUGGGUCGACGAGCAUAUCACUUGCAGGCUCGAAGCACACAGCAUUAGCAUGGUUCCAUCCGAGAGCGUCCUCGACACGAUGGAGAUUGUUGGUCUCGAGAACAUCCGUCGCGCCCGGGUCGCACUUCCCGCGUACCUUGGCUCAACUAAGGCCGUCGCACGGGCAGCACCCAGUAGUAAUAGCCUCCCUAGCAUAUCGCCGCAAGAUGUCGUUGAUGCCAGCCGCAUGAUGGCGUACCUUGGGCGCCACUUCUACCAGGAUCUUUACGGAAAGUUCGUGCGCAUCUCCCAAGGCGAAGAGUGGUUCUGGAACCGGAAGGACAUUCGGGAUGAGUGUGAGAAGUACCAGACAAAGAUGGUCCUCACCAUUGCAUGCGCCCAAAAGCCAGGUGCGGCUGCGAGCCACGAGAGCUACCUCAACAUCUAGAUGGAACCCCAUCGGCUUCUGAUCAGCAUUUGCUAUAUUCUGCAUGCUCUGGUUAGCAGCUGCAUCACUUUAUUUUAGAUCCUGUACAGCACCAACCCUGUUCGUUCUUCGUUUCUUACAUGAUACCACUGAUAGACAUACUUUCCUUAUCUUGACACGCAACUUGUACACGUGGGUAAUUACAUAUCUGGGUACCGAAAAUUCUCAAUAUCGCUGGAAC